AGCUACGAUUUCGCUAUAACAAUUUUUUUUAGCCCAAAAUGCGGUGUCCUUGAUGGCUAAUAUGUUUCAAAGACCAUUAUAACAAGUCGGUUAUGCCUUCGUUUCUACUCCUUUCUCUAUGCUGGAUCUAACAUCUAUCCCUUCCCUUCGCCAAAUCUUGUUUGCGAAGUAUACGCCGUUUGCGAUGGCUGCUCUUCUUUUAUGGGACCAUUGCCUGACUCUUGAUGAAGAGGUCGCCACGAUAUGGAGACCUCUCAACGGGCAAAUCCUAAAAAAGGUCAUCUAUGCAAUGAACCGUUACUUCAUGGAGACAGUAAUGCUAUAUACGGUUUAUGGCUCGUGAACAUGUUUCAUCUCCCUGCUCUCGCUAACUCGUCUUGAAUGUAGUGUUCAGUGGACUGAGAGGAACUAACGCUAAUAUGGCCAGUGCUUCACGCAU